AUGUCUGAUGCUUUGCUAGUUUCUUUUUCCAUAUCUAUCUAUCUAUCUAUCUAUCUAUCUAUCUAUCUAUCUAUUCAAAUCUAUCUAUCUAGCUCUCUCUCUAUAUAUGUCCAUAUCUAUCUAUUUAGUUCUAUAUAUAUGUUCCUAUCUAUCUAUCUAUCUAUCUAUCUAUCUAUCUAUCUCAUUCUACCUUUUAUCUAUCUAUCUAUCUAUCUAUCUAUCUAUCUAUCUAUCUAUCUAUAUCUAUAUAUAUAUAUAUCUAUAUAUCUCUCUUUCUCUCUCUCUCUCUCUUCUGUUCAUAUAUAUUUAUCUGUUUCAAUAUCUCUCUCUCUAUCUAUCUAUCUAUCUAUCUAUCUAUCUAUUUUUCAGUCUGUUCAUAUAUCUAUCUAUCUGUUUCAAUCUCUCUCUCACUCUCUAUCUAUCUAUCUAUCUAUCUAUCUAUCUAUCUAUCUAACUUUUCAGUUUGUUCAUAUAUAUCUAUCUGUUCCAAUCUGUCUGUCUGUCCAUCUAUGUAUCUAUUUAUCUAUCUAUCUAUAUUUUCAGUCAGUUUAUAUCUAUCUAUCUAUCUAUCUAUCUAUCUAUCUAUCUAUCUAUCUAUACAGUUGCGAUAGAAAUUACUUUUUCCAAAGUAAACGGAGCAUAGUCUAUGAAAUCAUCUAG